UUAGAAAUUCAAACAAUUUGAUGAACUGAAAAACCAAUCUUCGAGGCAAAUCGGGAAUUCGAACGUCCGACGCAAAGGUACCGCACAGCGACGCCAUGGGAAGCAGAACAAAAGCUCUUCUCGAGCUCUCGCGCCGCGCAAAACUCCUAUUAUGUCCAACCAAUCCUUCUACGCUCCCCAAGCCCUCAUCCUCUACGACUACUUCUUUAAUUUCUCGAAUUUAUUCCUCUUCCUUCUCCAGAACCUCCGCCGGUGACACCGCCGCCGAGAAUGAUCGACCGCCGCAGUCCGACAGGGACUCCAUGCUUCUUGAAAAGUUCAGACUCAGAAAACUCAAAGGCUCGUCGAAAAUCACGCAAGAAUCAUCGAGUUCUACCUCUGCUGAGAAGGUAAUGACAGGUUUUAAGGAGUUGGGGCUUUGUAAUGAAGUGGCUGAAGCUGUGGAAGAAAUGGGAUUCUUCGUUCCUUCUGAGUUACAUUGUGUAGGGAUUCCUGCUCUUUUGGAAGGAAAAAAUGUAGUGUUGGGAUCUCUUUCUGGACCCGAAAGGGCUUUGGCUUACUUAUUGCCUUUCAUUCAGAGUCUAAAAAGGGAUGGAAAAAAGAAUGAUAUAAGGUCCAAGCAUCCUCGAGCCUUCAUUCUGUGCUCAACGGCGGAGCUAUCUGAUGAGGUAUUUCAGAUGGCAAAGUUCAUCAGUGGUUACGGGCAGUUGAAAUCUUCAAGGGACAACAAUUGUGCUCAAUUAGAACUUCAGGAAGGAGGAUCAGAUGUCUCGAUCGGUAUGUUAGUUGGCACCCCUGAUGAGGUCUCUGAACUCAUCGAAGAGGGGAGUGUAGUUCCAGACGAAAUCAAAUACUUGGUACUGGAUGAGUUGGACACAAUGUUCGAUCUUGGAUUUGGCCCCAACAUUAAGAAGAUUUUAACUUCAUUAAAUCAUUAUACGUCAAGACACUGCAAUCAAAAGUGUCAAUCUGUUGUGGUUACUUCAACAAUGAUAAAGAUGCUACACGAACAACAUUCAUCUCUUGUGGAGUCUCUCAAGCGUGAUGAUGCAGGAGAGAUUGCUGCUAUGCUUCUAGAAAUCGAUGAAGAUGAGGCAUUCCAUCUUAUGGAAUCUCCAGAUACUAUGAAAUGUAAACUUGCUGAUGCAGUCAAGUCGCUUCAUGCAUCCACAAAAGGAACUUAAAAUUCAUCAUCAAA